UCACUUGCAUCAAUGCCUCUUUGGAUUGCUUGAUUCCAUUGUAAAUUAAAGCGUGACUCUGUUGUCACAAGCUAAUUAUGUCGGUAGUGUAAGGCCUCCAGUCCAGCUCUGUAUAACAAAUUCAUUAACUUAACAGUGAAAUAAGAUUAUAACGACAACACUUUGCGUAUUAAAUACAACACGACUGAUUAUUCUCUUUUAGAAAACUGAACUGAACAGUAUAGAUCUGUUUAUUUUUAUUUCACAGAAAUCAUCAUGUCUUCUCUGAAGGCUUAAAAUGACCUGAGGUUUCCACACUGCAGCUGCAGUGCAUGAAGUCAUAUUGCUCUCAUCUUUUUUGGUCUCAGAUAGUCGAAGUUUGUGGUGAGCGUGUAUCUGUCGGUAUCUUUAGCACAGAUACGAGUAUCAGAGUGACAGAUAACAUCAGAUAAAGUCAGCAUAAAGCCAGUGCCAGCCAGGACACCCACUCACACAGAGAGCUUCAUGACUGCAGAGCAGGUAGAUACAGAAUGAGGGUUUUGCUCGCUGUCACCGCUCUUGUGGUUGUGGCCAGUGCAGCCAAUGUCUCUGUGGAAGAUCUGGAGUUUGAUGUCUGGAAACAAACGUUUGGUAAGAGUUAUGGUUCAGUGGAAGAAGAGUCUCAACGUAAGAUGAUCUGGCUGGACAAUCGUAAGCUGAUCCUGGAACACAACAUGCUGGCUGACCAGGGCAUCAAAAGCUACAGACUUGGCAUGAACCGCUUUGCAGACAUGGACAAUCAGGAGUACCAGCAGAUGUUUAAGGGCUGCCUGGGAUCCUUCAACGAGUCUGAGAUCGAGAGUGAAACUACAUUACUGGAAGAGGGUGCUGCGUGUCCCAGGAAAGUGGACUGGAGGGCUAAGGGCUACGUGACCAGAGUUAAGGACCAAAGUCACUGUGGCUCCUGCUGGGCCUUCAGUGCGACGGGCGCACUAGAGGGUCAGAUGUUCAAGAAGAAAAGGAUGCUGGUACGCUUAAGUGAACAACAGCUGGUGGACUGCUCCCGGAGUUUUGGAAACUUUGGCUGUCAAGGUGGUUUCAUGGACAAGGCCUUCAAGUACAUCAAGAGCAGUGGAGGCCUGGAGACAGCGUACACUUAUCCAUACCGGGCCAGGGAAGGGCGGUGCAAGUUUAGAAAUCAGAGAGCUUGGGCUAAGUGCUCCGGCUAUAAAAAGGUGCCACGCUCAGAACGCUGUCUGAAGAACGCUGUGGCCAGAAUCGGACCCAUUUCUGUAGCUAUAGAUGUCUCUCGUCGCAGCUUCCAGUUCUACAAGUCAGGUGUGUAUAAUGAGCCUGCCUGCAGCAGCACUAAGGUGAAUCACGCUGUCCUGGUUGUUGGUUACGGCACUAAUAGACGUGGAAAGGCCUACUGGCUGGUCAAGAACAGCUGGGGUACUAGGUGGGGUAAUAGAGGCUACAUCAAGAUGUCCAGGAACAAGAGGAACCAGUGUGGUAUUGCCUCAUAUGCCGUCUACCCUCUGGUUUAAAGACUGGAGAGAGACUCAAUCUUGAAAACCUCAAGAAGGAAGUUCUGGCAAAAAAAAACAAAAAAACACUUUUAUUUUCCUUUUCCUCUGAUUCCAUUCAUUUUUCACUUCUUUCAGAGCAGAUUAAUCAUUAAACCUUCUUAACAUACAAAUUAA